UACAGUGUGGUGACUUUCCUCAUUUGUUAGUGUAUGGUCCAUCAGGUGCUGGUAAAAAGACAAGAAUUAUGUGUAUUCUACGUGAACUUUAUGGUGUUGGAGUGGAAAAAUUGAGAAUUGAACAUCAGACCAUCACAACUCCAUCUAAAAAGAAAAUUGAAAUUAGCACUAUUGCAAGCAAUUACCACCUUGAAGUUAAUCCCAGUGAUGCUGGAAAUAGUGACCGGGUAGUAAUUCAGGAGAUGUUGAAAACAGUGGCACAGUCACAGCAACUUGAAACAAACUCUCAAAGAGACUUUAAAGUGGUUUUGUUGACAGAGGUUGACAAACUCACCAGAGAUGCUCAACAUGCCUUGCGUAGAACCAUGGAAAAGUAUAUGUCUACCUGCAGAUUGAUCUUGUGUUGCAAUUCUACAUCUAAAGUGAUACCACCUAUUCGUAGUCGAUGUCUGGCAAUUCGUGUGCCUGCUCCCAGCAUUGAGGAUAUUUGCCAUGUUUUAUCUACUGUGUGCAAGAAGGAAGGUCUGAAUCUCCCUUCACAACUGGCUCGUAGACUUGCAGAGAAGUCCUGCCGAAAUCUCAGAAAAGCCCUACUCAUGUGUGAAGCCUGCAGAGUUCAACAAUAUCCUUUUACCGAAGAUCAAGAAAUCCCUGAAACAGAUUGGGAGGUGUAUCUGAGGGAGACUGCCAAUGCUAUUGUCAGUCAGCAGACUCCACAAAGGCUCCUUGAAGUUCGUGGAAGACUCUAUGAGCUUUUAACUCAUUGUAUUCCUCCUGAAAUAAUAAUGAAGGGCCUUCUCUCAGAGCUUUUACAUAAUUGUGAUGGACAACUGAAAGGAGAAGUGGCCCAGAUGGCAGCUUACUAUGAACAUCGUCUGCAGCUGGGUAGUAAAGCCAUUUAUCACUUGGAAGCAUUUGUGGCCAAAUUUAUGGCACUUUAUAAGAAGUUCAUGGAAGAUGGAUUGGAAGGCAUGAUGUUUUGACAUUUACCAGUAAUUCUUCUUUAUAUGUCUCACUAUCAGCAUUUACAUUCAGUUUAUAUUGCAGGAGCUGCAGGUAAAAUAAACUAACUUUACUUAA